GGAGGAGGGGGAGCCGCCGGCUCGCAUGCCGGGGGCUGCGCACAGCCUGGCCGGAGGCGAGCGCGGCCGGAGGAGCCGCAGCACCCCGGGAUGGCCCCGAGCACUGAGCAGGAGGAUGCCACCGCCACCCAGGUGCUAAUGAAAGAAUGCAAAUAGCACCGGCUGAGCCGAACAUUUCAUAAAGAAGGGAACAGCCACCGACCCGAACCGCUCCGGGAUCUGCCCGCUGGCCCCCGGCAAAGGCACCCUUUUCCUAUGAACACCUGAGUCUCCUCCACCUCUCAGAGGAUGCACCUGUAGCAGCUUUCCCACAGACCAUUUCUACAAUUUACCAAGACCAUUUCGACUCCUAAUCCUGGCCUCUGAAGCACCUGCAGCCUGUCCCAGCCUGGUAUCCGCAGCAAUUUUAAAAUGUGGGAAAUACUUUUCCAAGGCUUUUGAACUCCAAAGUGGAACAGAAGGAAGACACAGGGGGACAUCCACCGUUCAGUGUUAUUUUCCUUGCACAGAAGAGAGAAAAAAAAGAAAAAGGAUCUUUCUGAGAUGAGCACUAAAGUCUCAAGUUUUCAAAGGUUUGCAUAACAAACAAGAGACACAUUGUGGGUUGCAUCUUGACUUUGAAGGCUUGCCACUGUCAACUGAAAUAAAAUGGCAAGGUUUAAAGCCUUAACCAAGUUCACAAGGAAAAUAUUUGGACUGAAAGUUUUGGAAAGUUUUCUCUCUUUGAAGUAGUUUGUCAUGUGUUACCAAUGUGAACUUUAUUGACCUUGAAACGUUUUUUUUUUUGAAUCAAAUAGCAACUAGUGACACUUUAGUAAAAUCUUAAAUCAACAACCCUCUCCUGGCGGCUCCAGCUUCGUAGCAAAUGCAGGCAAAACAGGGAAUCUACAGAGGAGACCUUUAUUAUUCAUAAAUGAAGCCUGCCAAAACCUUCCCGAAAUAGCAUUCAAAGACCCUUUUAAGGUCAUGGAUCCUGAACAAAGCCAGAAGAGCACAAAAAAGGCUGAGGAAAGUCCAAGAAAGAGGCUUCCCAAAGGAGAGGCUUUCCAAGGCAGUAUUUCAUCCCCAACUACGUACCAGGGCAGCUCUGCUCCUUCCCAAGGAACCCCUCUCCGAGACAUCAUCUCGCAGCAGCACUUUUCCGGCUCUUUGCCCGUCCCGCGAGAGGAGCCUCAGGAGAAGCCCGGCCACCAGAAACAGCCCAAGCCCUCCUCCUUCGACCACCCCGCCCACGUCCCGCAGCUCCAGCAGCAGCACGCACUGGCACCAGCAUUCAUGUCCCCGGGGAAGCCGGAGCAUGUCCUGGAAGGUCCCACAUGGCAGCUAGUUGAUCCAGUCAGGCCAGGGCCCUCUGGCUCCUUCCCGUCCCCCGGGCUGCACGCCCACCACGGCCAGCUGCUCCCAUCCCACUCGCCCAUCAUUCCCGCCGAGGACAUGCCGGCCGUGCAGAAGGUCUUCAUCCCCCGCCCCGCCCAGGUGUCCCUGAAGCAAGCUGAGGAGGUGCACAAGAAGGAGAAGAAGCCUCAGAAGCCGGGCAAGUACAUCUGCCAGUACUGCAGCCGGCCCUGCGCGAAGCCCAGCGUGCUCCAGAAACAUAUCAGGUCCCACACGGGGGAGAGGCCCUACCCUUGCAUUCCGUGCGGCUUCUCCUUCAAGACCAAGAGCAAUUUGUACAAACACAGGAAGUCUCACGCUCACCGGAUAAAAGCUGGGCUGGCCUCAGGGAUCGGAGCAGAGAUGUACCCGUCGGGGCUGGAGAUGGAGCGGAUCGCAGGGGAGGACUUCGAGGAGCCCACAGAAGGGGAGAGCACGGACUCGGAGGAGGAGACGGCAGCGAUGUCGGGCCACGCCGUGGAGCUGCCGCCCAGGCAGAAGCACACCCUGCUCUCCAGCAGCCUGCUGAGCGCGGGGAGCCAAGGCUCCAGCCACGACCGCUGCUCCUUGUCCCAUUCCAGCAUGUCCCAGUCCCUCGAGGACAGCUCCCAGUUCGUGGAGCCGUCGUCGGAGCACGCCCUGAGCCAUAAGUCCGAGGACACCCACACCAUCAAGCAGAAGCUGGCGCUGCGCCUGAGCGAGCGCAAGAAGGUGAUCGACGAGCAGGCGUUCCUGAGCCCCGGCAGCAAAGGCAGCACCGAGUCCGGGUACUUCUCCAGGUCCGAGAGCGCGGAGCAGCAGAUCAGCCCUCCCAACACCAACGCCAAAUCUUACGCCGAGAUCAUCUUCGGGAAGUGUGGGAGGAUUGGGCAAAGGACGGCGGCGCUGGCUGCAAACACAACCCAGGGGUUCCCACACCUGUCCGGCGACGAGAAGCCCAGCAUGGUCCCCUUGUCUGUGCCUAGAACACAGGUGAUCGAACACAUCACUAAGCUAAUUACCAUUAACGAAGCUGUUGUGGAUACCAGUGAAAUCGACAGUGUGAAGCCCAGAAGAAGCUCUCUGUCAAGGCGUAGCAGCAUUGAAUCCCCGAAGUCUGGUGCGUACAGAGAACCGUUCCAGUUCGAUAUCAAGUCUGGUUCCAGCAGCCAGCUGGAUGCAGCGAAAGUGUUGGCGUCCCACAGUGAAAAAAUGAAGCCUGAACAAUCAUUGUUGUCACUUCAGCAAUCCCACAGUGCCACAGAGACAGUGCCUCUCCUAAGAAGCCACUCAAUGCCUUCUGCUGCAUGCACUAUAAGCUCCCCACACACCUUUAGAGGUAGCUACUCAUUCGAUGAUCACAUCAUGGAGCCGGAAGUCUUAAGCCGCAGCCAAGCGUUUUCCUCCCACCCUCGAAUGCUAAAGCGCCAACCAGCUAUCGAGCUACCCCUGGGAGUGGAAUACGUCUCGGAGGAGGUCGGCUCUGCCAGCAAAGAAACUGUUCCCAAACCUCCCGAGGAGCCUGAAACCAAGGAAAGCGAUCUUACCAAAAAGUCCCGCAAGGGCCCGAAGGCGAAAGGGUUCAUGUACGAGUGCAACGUGUGCGGCGCUCGCUAUAAGAAAAGGGACAACUACGAGGCCCACAAGAAGUACUACUGCUCAGAACUGCAGCUCUCCAAGCCCCGCUCUGCCACGCCCCACGCCCCGGCAGAGCCGGAGAAGAGCGCAGCGGAUCCCGACGUGUGGCCCCAGAUGAUGCAUUACAAGCUGGGCAGCACCUUGGAGCUCACCCCGCUGCGGAAGAGGCGGAAGGAGAAGAGCCUUGGGGAUGACGAGGAGCCUCCAGCUUUCGAACUGUCUGACGCCCCCUCCUCCAGCACCGGCCCAGGCACUCAGUUUGCAAACCCGGCCUCGUCUGAUGUGGCUCUAAACCUGACCCGUGAAUCCAUGAAGUCACCAGCAGACUCGGGAAAAUCCGCACCUUCCGAGGCCAGUGCCAGCUUCCAUUCCAGGAACACCAAACCGGCGUCGAGCACGGAGGGCAAGGAGAGGAGAACAACCUCCAAGGAGAUCUCUGUCAUCCAGCACACGAGCUCCUUUGAGAAGUCGGACUCCAUCGAGCAGCCCAGCAGCUUGGAAGAGGACAAGCCCCUGUCCCAGUUCCCAUCUCCAUCCACACCCCAGCACAGCCGCCCCCCUCAUUCCCUGCAGCCCAGGCUGGUACGCCAGCCCAACAUCCAGGUCCCCGAGAUUCUGGUCACGGAAGAGCCGGACAGACCAGAAACAGAGCCAGAACCUCCUCCGAAGGAGCCAGAGAAAACCGAGGAAUUCCAGUGGCCACAGAGGAGCCAGACUCUCUCCCAGCUCCCUGCGGAGAAACUGCCGCCCAAGAAGAAGCGGCUCCGGCUGGCAGAAAUGGCCCAGUCCUCCGGCGAGUCCAGCUUUGAGUCCGUCUCUCUCACCCGGAGCCCCAGCCAGGAGAGCAGCCUAUCCCACGGCUCCAGCCACUCCAUCUCCUUUGAUCGGGAUGACCACACCAAGCCAGAGCCAAGUAGCCAGCCCUCUGAAUCCCAGCCAAAGCCUCCUGGCGUUGGCUCCCACAUGCUGAUGGUCCCCAGCCACCAUCACCAUUCCAGGGAAAUGCGGAGAUCCGCUUCCGAGCAGACGCCCAACGUGUCCCACCCUUCCCAGAUGUCAGAGACUCGCAGCAAAUCCUUUGACUACGGGAGCUUGUCAUCCACUCCUGCCUCCACCCCCGGCCCCUCCACCUCCUCAGCCCCCCAGGAGAGGAGGAAAUGCUUCCUGGUGCGGCAGGCGUCCCUCACCAGGCACCCCGAGCACGAGCCAGACCCGGCCCCUCCAGGCUGGCCGGACACAGAGGAUCCAGCUCCUUCUUCAAGUAAAUCUCCUGCCACGAGUUUGCCCCAUCAGCCGACCUCGUCCUCCCCUUUGCCCUCCCACGGCACCUACCUGAGUGACAAGAGCCAGCCAAAGGACAGCCCCGAGCCAUCCUACAGCCCGCCAUACACGGAGGCUCUGCAGGUGUUCCACCACCCCGUGCCACAGCUGACGCUGCACGAGAAGCACUUCAUGGCCCCCCAGGUUUCCAUAUUCCCCUACCAGCACCUCCUGCCCCAGCCGGGGCAGUCCGCAGAGCUCUUCGCUGCACACACCAUGUCUGACAUCCUCUCUGCACAGUUCUCCAUGCCUCAGAUCCCCCCCUCCAUAUUCCAGACCCCGCCGCUGCCCCUCCCGCAAACGCUCAUCCACCCGGGCCCGCUGCACAUCGCUCCUCCCUUGAUGUCCCACCCCGCCGAGGUGUCCUUCAGGCACCCUUCCUUCCUGCCCGUGCACUACCCUGGCUCCUCCCCGAUCCCCUCCGCCUUUUUCCUGCCUCUCCAGUCUCAGUUUGCCCUCCACUUGCCGGGUGAUGCUGGUGGACACUUGCCACAGAUCAAAUCCGGUUUGUUCUCGGCAGCAGGAAGCUCCAGCCUGUCCCCGUGCACGGAUUACGACUCGGACAGCAGGUUGCACCCUCUGACCUGCACGGCGAGUCCCGCGCUGUCUGUCACCGUGACCCAGCUCGUUGUCCCCACCCGGACAGAGCCCAUGGUGUCUCUGGUUGUCCCCGUUCGCAUCCAGACCAACAUGCCCUCCUACGGCAGCGCCAUGUACACCACGCUCUCCCAGAUCCUGGUCACGCAGUCCCAGUGCAGCUCCUCCACCAUCGUCCUCCCCAAAUUCGAUGACCGCCAGCCCAAGGGCGCCCUGGUGUGCAGCGCUGACGUCCACGGGCUGGGUUUUGACCUGGCCCAGAUGAUCACGGAGGAGCAGAGAAGCCUUUUCCAGAGCCCGUACCUGAGAGUGCCCCUGCCCUUACCGGAAAGAAAGGGCUACAUGCCCCUCACCUGCCCCUCAGACAGCGUCCUCGGCCUGGAAGGGGGCCCCUCCACAGUUGGGGGGAGCAAAAGGAUGCUGUCCCCAGCCGGCAGUUUGGAGCUGACAAUGGAGACCCAGCAGCAGAAGAGAGUGAAGGAGGAGGAAGUGUCUGAAGCAGAAGAGAAGCUGGAAGUGGUGAAGCCACCCAGUGCAAUAGAGGAAGGGAAAAAGCAGGAUAAAUCUCACUUCCUUGCAGAAAGCCAAGACAGGGUCGAGGUUGGGACACCGCCCAGCGUGUCCGUGGAGCAGUCGGAGCCAAAGGAAACCCCGAGCAGUUCCCAGCAGGCAGUGUCCCGGCCGGGCUCCCCGAGCUUUGAGGCUCUGCAGGAGUACGAGCAGCCAGCUGGCAAACAGCUCCUCAGCCAGGAGCCUCUGCAGCCCGUGAAGAAGGAAGACUCCAAAGAACCGGUGGAGCAGCCUCCACCAAGCCCUGCCAGCACUGCCCCCGUGCCCGAGGGCGCCGCCAGCGCGGGGAAGGCUCGGGAAGGCACAGACUCCAAGAAGGUCCUGCAGUUCCCCAGUCUCCACACAACCACUAAUGUCAGUUGGUGCUAUUUAAACUACAUAAAGCCAAAUCACACCCAGCAAGCGGACGGGCGCUCCUCGGUGUACGCCAGCUGGUGCAUCAGCCUCUACAACCCCAACCUGCCCGGGGUGUCCACCAAGGCAGCCCUGGCCCUGCUGAGGUCCAAGCAGAAGGUGAGCAGGGAGACCUACACCAUGGCCACCGCUCCGCGGCCUGAGGCGGGCAGGCUGGUCCCGGCCAGCUCCAGGAAGCCCAAAAUGACCGAGGUUCAUUUGCCUUCGCUCCUUUCUAAUGAAGGUCGAAAAGAUAUAACUAGAGCUGAGAAGGAAGAGGAGAAAAGGGGAAAAUCAGAAGAAGAGGCUCUUGUGACCAAGCGAGGGGAGCCGGUGAGGAUCAAAAUCUUUGAAGGAGGGUACAAAUCAAACGAAGAGUAUGUGUAUGUGCGAGGCCGUGGAAGAGGGAAGUAUGUUUGUGAGGAGUGUGGAAUUCGCUGCAAGAAACCCAGCAUGCUGAAGAAACACAUUCGCACGCACACAGACGUCAGGCCGUACGUCUGCAAGUACUGUAACUUUGCUUUUAAAACCAAAGGGAAUCUGACUAAACACAUGAAGUCAAAGGCCCACAGCAAAAAAUGUCAGGAGCUGGGCGUGUUGGUAUCUUCACUGGUGGAUCUGGAAGCCGAAGAAGGAACCAGUGAAGACCUUUUCCAGGACUCUGAGGGGCGGGAGGGAUCUGAGCCCAUUGAGGAACACCAGUUUUCAGACCUCGAGGAAUCCGAGGACGAUGACGACAAUGAGGACGAGGAAGACGAGGAGGAAGAGGAGAGCCAAGAGGAGCCAGCGCCGCAGCUGCCGGAGGGCAGACGCGGCCCGCCGCCGCUGCGCCCCUCGGGGGGCUCCCCGUCUCCUCAGGAGGAAGGCACUGAGACAUCCGCAGCUCCAGAAGCCGCCGCCAGCACCCCCAGCGCGGGGGAAGGCCGGCAGAUCUCACACAGAAAUAGCCCUGAGCGAACCAGUGAAGACCUUUUCCAGGACUCUGAGGGGCGGGAGGGAUCUGAGCCCAUUGAGGAACACCAGUUUUCAGACCUCGAGGAAUCCGAGGACGAUGACGACAAUGAGGACGAGGAAGACGAGGAGGAAGAGGAGAGCCAAGAGGAGCCAGCGCCGCAGCUGCCGGAGGGCAGACGCGGCCCGCCGCCGCUGCGCCCCUCGGGGGGCUCCCCGUCUCCUCAGGAGGAAGGCACUGAGACAUCCGCAGCUCCAGAAGCCGCCGCCAGCACCCCCAGCGCGGGGGAAGGCCGGCAGGCCCCCUCCUCCUCCUCCUCCUCCUCCUCCUCAGGGCUGGAGACCAAGUGGUCAGCAGACAGCAGCGGCAUUGCUGUGUGCCACAGCUUCCUGAGCCUCCACAGAGCAGCUCUGACCUCCGCCGAGCACCCGGCUCCUGCUGAGAGGGAGUCUGCCGCAAGGCCACGCGUGUCCUUGGCCGCGGACCCGUCGACCUCCAAAGACACCUCCCCCAGGAAAAGGUGGUCCCCGAGCCAGGACGGUGGCAGAGGGGGCGGCAGCAGCAGACCGGCGAUGGCGAGGAAGCACCUACUGACCAAAAACGAAACCUCCCCCAAACGCUUCUCCCCCACGGCGGAGCCGUCCUCCCUGCGGUGCCUGUCCCCGGGGAGGGGGCUGUCCCCGCUCCAGCGCCUCUCUCCCCGCAGGGAGCUGUCCCCCCUGCCAUGUGUGUCCCCAAGGCUCGAGCUGUCGCCCAGCAGGCACUUGUCCCCCCGGAGAGAGCUGUCCCCCAGGACAGCCCUCGCCCCAGACGGAGAAGUGUCCCCUGCCAGGCACUCCUCGCCCAGCAGAGAGAUGGCAUCCCUGAGGCACUUCUCCCUGAAGAAAGUCUUGUCUCCAGGCUGCUUGGAGCCGUCCAGGUGUCCACCCCCUGGCAAAGAGGACUUGCCUGGCACUAGCAAAUCAGCAGAGGACAAAGUUCCAAGCUCAUAUCAAGCCCAGCCCGGGAUAUUCUCUUCGAUGCCUCUACCUCACAGGUUCUUUGGCAAAAACUUACAGCUCUACGAGUCCAAGCUGAAGAUGGAGGCCCGCAGCCCGCCCUGCUCCCCCGCCUGCCCCCGGCCCCUGCAGGCCCCUCACGACCCCCACGGCCGAGGGGAGGAGAAUGUCUUCAGCCACCUCCCGCUGCACUCGCAGCAGCUGGCCAGGACCCCGUACCCCAUGAUCCCCAUCGGGGGCAUCCAGAUGGUGCAGGCCCGGCCCAGCUCGCACGCCGGCCUGGUGCCCGGGCCCGCGCUGGGCCUGCAGGCCGGACACCUCGCCCAGCCCGGUUUAUCUGAUCCCAGGGAUCUGCAUAUGGCAGCAGUGACCCUGUCCCAGCCCAAUCUCAUCCUGGGGGUGACAGUGAUGGCCACAAACCCCACUGUGCCCUCCGUGGGGGACUUUUAG